AUGGUAAGAACGACUAUAGCUUGUGCCCGAUGCAGGCGAUACAAGGUCAAAUGCAUGCACUCAGGGAACCCUCCAUGUCAGGGUUGUAUAAGAGCAGGCUCUGAAGUUUGUAGUACUUGCAUACUUUCGAGACCAGCUGUGACAAGGAAGAAGAGACAUCGGCCAAUUGGUGCACAUAAUGCUCCGCCGGAUGCAUCUCCACCACAGCACCGGACAGUGAACUCAUCUCAAGUAGAUGUGAGUCCGGCAAGAUCUGAGCAUGAUAGUGUGUUGCCGCCGCAUCGUGCACGUGAUGAUUGUGCCAUUGAUCCUGAGCUUGUUCUUCGCGCUGGCAAUGUUUUUAAUGAAAAGUUUCCGGAGAUCCCUUUUCUACAUAUGUCAAGUUUCAGGAAAUCUCUUAGGUUAUUAGAUAGAGAUGCGGAUGCAGGAACAGGUUUGUCAGGUGCUCACAAUCAGAGCAGAUUUGGCCCAGCAAGUGCUUUAUAUGCUGCAUUGAUUGCGGUCACUCUUCCUAUAAUCGAGCCCAGUGUGAAAGCGGAUGAGUAUGCCGCGCUCGCCAAGCAGUUAGUUUCGGCAGAUGAUGCUGGAGACAUAAGCCAAGUUCAGGCAUUAAUUGUUCUGGCCAUCUACGAGUGGGGCAGUGGAAAGCCGUAUCAGGCAUGGAUAUACAGCGGAAUGGCAAUCAGACUGGUACAGCUCAUAGGAUCAAUAACAGACCGCGAAAAGACAACGGAACUACAACAAGUGAUUUAUAACCGGACUUUUUGGAGCUGUUUUGUCCUCGAUAGACUGGUUUUCUGCGGCAAACCGCAGCCGCCGGCACUGCCGCUCUCGUUGAUAGAUACACAUUGGCCAUCUGGUGACGUGGACUUUGCAUUUGGCACAUUGGGAAGAAAGAUAUUCCCAGAAAAUAAUUGUGUACAAUCAUCUAUGACUGCGGUGGAGGACAUUGAUGGAUACUUUGCUCUGCUUGUGCAGGGUAUUGACAUCUGGUCCGACAUUUUCAAAUGGGUUGUCAAUGGCGGAAGGCGUCAAUCCUAUGCUGUUACGUCCAAAGAGUUACCAUGGUCGGCGGGUUCAUAUUGGGGAGUCACCUAUAAAAGACUUCAACUCUGGAGACAGAGACAUGGAGGUCGUAUUCGGUUCCCUGAUGGUAGCGUGGACGGACAUGUCUCGUUACGAGGGGGUGCGGGAGAGGCCUUUGCGUAUAUCAAUCUUAUUUACCAUGUGAGCAUGCUAUUCUUGGGCCGAGAGUAUAUUCCAUUCUUGCCUACUCCGACCUCACGACCCAGUGGGCCUGUUGACCCUCCACUCCUCAAUAAAGCAGCACCCUCACAGUGGUGGGAAGAUCGCGCAAAUGAACUAUUUUCGGCGUCGUCCAACAUAACAGCGCUCUUGAAUGAACUGAGAACAGAGGGCGCCCCUCUCCUUACACCUUUCGCCGGGUUUUGUGCGUUCUCCGCGGCAACAAUGAAUAUCUACGUCGUAUGCUUCCCAGAGAUGAAUCUAGGACGCAGCAGAGGAAAAGAAGCGAACUUUGACAUGGACUUGAUUUACCUCGACGAAUUUCGAGCACGUUGGCCGAUGGGAGCUGGUUGGUGGGUAACUCUCGAGAAGAUCAAAGAUUUAUACCGACGAGCGAGCGCAGACGGAUCUAGGUAUGCAGGCAAGACACAGGCAGACUUUGUGCAUCUCUUGACAUCUAUCCAUGAUUGCACCGGGGCUUCACCUGAAGAUGGCGAUGAGAAUCCAAGGUCCAAGACCCGUGGAUUGACCAAACUAGGUCACCCGAGUUCCGAGGACCACCAAGCGGCGAUGAGUUUACAGCAAGUAUCGCAGUCGCGUACACUCGACGAUGCAGCUCUCCAAGCCGCGCAAAUGAUACCUGACUGGAAUGAACUGUGGUCCCUUUGGGGUGAUCCUCAAAUGGCUGCGUUUGGUGUGGAAGAGAACUCUUACGAGUACUCAUUUGAAAUACUAUAAGGCAACACAUCACUUUAUUAGUUAGGUCUCAUUUAUGAGUCCUUCCAAGGCUACAUUUGUAGCUAGGUAGACUAAUGUCUACGGACGAUUUCGAGAAUACCUUCAUGUAUAGCCACCAAUGAGAUGCGAUAUAUGUCCAGUUG